GUGCGGAGGCGAGCAGUACUGAGGGCUGCGCGGACCGCGCGACCGCAUUCAGUCGCAGAGCGCAUCUCGAGUGGACAAGAGACCAGCGCAGACCCCAAGCCAUCGGACCGAACCUCACCUUGCUGGAGAUGGACACCGGCAUGCUGACCACGAUGGCCGCGUGGGCGGCGGUCGCCUUGCUGGUGGCCUGCUUGGGGCUGUACGCCUUCCUGCGCCGCAGCCUCACCUACUGGCGGCGCCGCAAGGUGGCCUUCGCGCCGCCGUCCGUGCCCUUCGGCAACUACGCCGACACCAUCCUGGGCAAGAAGAGCCUCGCCAUGGUGGUGCACGACAUCUACGAGACGCACCGUGACCAGCGCUACGUUGGCACGUACUUCAUGGCCAUGCCCAUGCUGCAGCUGCACGACGUGGACAUCAUCCGGCAGGUGUUCAUCAAGGAGUUCCAGGACUUCAACGGGCGCGGCAUGCACUACGACCCGUCCUACGACCCCCUGUCCGGGCACCUCUUCCAGCUGUCGGGGCCGAUCUGGAAGAACAUGCGCGUCAAGCUGAGCCCCACCUUCACCACGGGCAAGAUCAAGUACAUGUUCAGCACCAUCGGCGACUGCAACGACAACCUGUGCGAGCACAUCGACGCCAACCUGGCCGAGGGCCGCGGCGUCUACACGGAGGACAUCCGCGACCUGGUGGCGCGCCUCUUCACGGACGUCAUCUCGUCCGUGGCGUUCGGCAUCGAGAGCAACUCCUUGAAGAACCCGGACUCGGAGUUCCGGCGCAUGGGCGCGCGCAUCUUCGAGCCCUGCCUCGACGUCAACCUCCGCCACCUGCUCAUCUUCUUCGGCGGCGGCAUCAUGAAGACCUUCAGCAUCCGCAGCGUGCCGGCCCACAUCCACGACUUCUUCACGCGCAUCGUGGACGAGAUGGUGGAUCACCGCGAGAAGAACAACGUGGAGCGCGCCGACAUGCUGAACCUCCUCAUCAAGCUCAAGAACGAUGGCUUCGUGCCGGUCGACGGUCCUGGCGAGGAGAGGAGUGACUCUCAAGAUUCGAGCUCCAAGCAGGUGCAAAAGCUGGAGAAGCACCAAAUCGCCGCCCAAGUAUUCGUCUUUUUCCUGGCGGGCUUCGAGACCACCUCGACGACGACGUCGUUCACCCUGUACGAGCUGGCCAAGAACCCCGAAAUCCAGACUAAGCUGCAGCAGGAGGUCGACGCCGUGUUACAGAAGUGCAACGGCAAGCUCACCUAUGAGGCCACCCAGGACAUGCACUACAUGGACAUGGUGAUCCAAGAGACGCUGCGCCACUACCCACCCGUGCCGUUCCUCACGCGCCAGGCCAUGGUGAAGCGGCAGCUGCCGCUCACGGACGUGGUCCUGGACAAGGGCAUGCGCCUCAUGAUCCCCGUCUGGUCCAUCCACAUGGACCCCGAGUACUGGGAGGACCCCACGCGCUACGACCCGACGCGCUUCUCGGAGGAGGCCAAGAGCGCGCGCCACCCCGGCGUGUACAUGCCGUUUGGCGACGGCCCCCGCAUCUGCCUCGGCAUGCGCCUGGGCCUGCUGCAGGUGAAGAUGGCCGUGGCGUCCGUGCUGUCCAGGGCCACGGUGACGCUGGCCCCAGGGAUGCCUCGGCAGCCGCGGUUCUCGCCCCGCUGCGUCCUCCCCAGCCCCAUCGACGGCAUCACGCUCACUCUCACCGCGCGGUCAUAAACGAACUCGCUCUGUAUAGCUCAGCAUACAUUGCCUCUCCUAACUCGGCCCAGGGUGGGCUGCAUUUGUAUAUAUUUUCUUAAGAUAGUGAUUAAGAUACCCUAGUUAAGUAGUACAGGUGGGAAGACACUCCGAGCCGUUGAAAAACCCGGCAGGAUGACUCGCUCGGCGCGGCAAUUCGGUGCUUUCGGUAUUAUCGCGGCCGUGGUUGGCGUGCUGACCGCGCUGAACCGCCAGCCUCGUUCCCGCCAAUCAUCUGCUGUACUACAUUGUAGUAUGUUUUCCGGCCGACAGCCUUCCGUGGCCGUCCCUCAAGGUCGCCGGUGAAAAAACAAACCGAACGGCCCAACGCUGAGACGCUGGUAUUAAUUACAGUGGCGGGCCGUGACUAGGUAAUGCUAGGCGCCGGGCGUCUCUCUGGUCCGGGCCGCCGCCGCCGCUGCCGGGACCGGCGGGAGCGCCAUCGUGCUCUGUUGACCCACCGGAUUCCGGUGUUGACCCGAAACACGCGGUCACGCGGUCACCGGUCAGCCACCGCGUGCGCCGCCGAUCUGCGCCUCAGUUUCAGAGUGUUGUGAAAAGAGCAAUAAAAAUCCUCCUAUUA